GGCAGACCCCGAAGACUGCAUUUCACACCAUUCGCGGACAAGGCCCUGUGUAGUGGCAGUGUCGUGCCGGGUGUGCUGGUGGUGGGGACGGAGCGGGUUCCCGGGUAUCGAAACCCAAAGGAACAGGCGCUGGCGUAGGCUUGGAUACUUUGUCUAGGGGAUUGGACUACCUUCUUUCUUCUUUUUAGAGGGACCACGUGCGUAAUCCAUCCGUCAGGAUGGAGGACCUGCUGUCGUGCAUGGUGUGCUGCGAGCCGUACCAGGAGAAGAUGCGGCACCCCGUCCCUUGAGACAUGUCAGUUGCAUGAUGUCAAGCUUUCCUUUUGGUGCAAAUCAUGCAAAAUGGCCACAUGCGGUGAAUGCCUGUUCGAGGACCAUCCCACUAACUCUCAUGACGUCAUCAAGGCAACAAGGUACAUUAUCGAGAUGAAGGACGCCAUCAACGACCUCGCCAACAAGUUCAUGGAGACACUAGAUAUCAGAGAGCGCCGGUUGUACGACUUGGUCUACAAGAGCGCCAAGGGCAUCAACGACGCCCUCCGCACCAUAUGCGUCUUGAGGAAGGACAUGGAGGAGGCCCGCGAUCUCAUGAAGGGCGUGAAGAAGGUGGACGGCAUCGCCCCGACGACCAGACUCUCCGAAGCCGCCAAGUUCUUGGGUCUCAAGUGGAACCUCCACGACGCCAAGCUGGGUCUGGGGCCCGCGUCGCUCAAGAAGGCUCAGAGCGAGAAGGAGGCCGAAGCGCAGAAGGAGGCCGAGAAAAAGCAGGAUUCUCCAGAAGAGAAAGAGGAAGACAAGGGAAAGGAAGAAACCGAGAAGGAAGACAAAGAGAAGGAAGACGAUGACAAAACGAAACAAGCAAAGGACGGCGAGAACAACGACAAAGAGGACGACGAUGAUGAGGAUGAGGAAAGCACAGACGAGAGCGAAGAAGAGGUGCUGACGGAGGAAGAGAUCAAGAAGCGCCAAAAGAUCCUCAAGGUCAAGGAAAGAAUAGCCGCCGCCGCUGCUGCCGCGGCCGCCGAGAAGGAGCUCAAGGAGAAGAAGAUGAUGGAGAAGGAGCGGAAGGCGGUGAAGGAGAAGAACAACGCCAACCCCGAGCCCGAGCAGGUGCCGUCGCCCAAGCUCCUGAAGUCGUGGAAGAAGAGGUCCGCCGUCGCCACCGUGUCCCGAGAGCCGUCCAUUACCCCCGAGAGAGAGCUGCAGAAGAAAGAGAAAUCCGAAAAGAUAGAAUCGCCGACAGAGAAGGAAGACGCGAACAAACAGAGCGACAAAGACAAGGAAAACGCGGAAAAUGAAGACAAAAUCAAGACAGAGGAAACCGAAGCCAAAGCAGAGAGCAGAGAACCAAGCAACGAAAAGGACAACAAGGAGACGAAGGAGACGGCCAACAACCCCCCGGCGAAGAAGGACGCGAGCCAGGAGACCUCGCCCAACGACCCUCCGAAAGCGGCCAACGAGCCCUCCAACGCCAACCCGCCGAAGGAAAAGGAGAAGGCCAAGGAGGAAGCCGAAGCGAAGGAGGCGAAGAAGGAAGCCGAGACCAAGAAGGAGAAGAAGGCGCCCGCGGCAGCCAAGAGACCGAGAGGGCGGCUGGCGAGACAGGCCCUGAAGAGAGCGCAGACGAUGGACCUCUCCAAGAGGGCGCAGGCCGAGGGCGACAAGGAGGAGGGCGAGGCGGAGUCGCAGAACAUCAAGGGCCUCGACCUCGAAACGGGGAAGAGCAAUAAACCAGAAGAAACAGAGAAUAAGGAGAGCGAAGCAGGGGCGAGUGGCGAGACGAAGGAGGAGGCGAAGGAGGACAAGAAAGAAAAGGAGGAGGAGAAGACAGAAGAGAAGAAGAAAGAAGAGGAGGCGAGAGGAGCCACAGCGGUCAAGGAGGACGAAGAAGAGGCCAUGUUUGAACUUGAUCCGGACGAGAAGGACAGGAUCGCCACGGAGCUGAUGAUGUCGAGUGUCCUGAACGCCCUCAUCCCCACCAAGUCCCCGACGGUGUUCCUGGACAUCGAGUACGAGCAGCGCAUGUUGGGCCGCGUCUACAUCACGCUGUUCGGGCACCUGCGUCGGGCCAACAACUUCCUCCUGCUGUGCACGGGCGAGACCGGGGCGUCCCUGAAGAGCUCCAAGUUCUUCGAGGUGUGCAACCCCGAGGCGCCGGGCGAGCGGCUCAAGGGCGGCGACUACGAGUUCAACAACGGGCGGGGCGGCGAGGCGCUCGUCGAGGAGCUGGAGUUCGGGGGCGACUACGCGCAGCCGAUGGAGGCCGGCAUGAUCACGGCGGGCGGCUCGGGCCACCGCUGCUUCGACUCGCAGUUCCUCAUCUGCACGGAGGGCGACCCCAACAGGAACUUCGCGUGUCCCUUCGGCGUGGUGACGUCCGGGCUCAGCUACCUGAAGGAGGCGGUGUGGCUGGUGGUGACCAAGGAGAUCUGGAUCGAGGAGUGCGGCGUCCUCCUCGAUAUGCCCAGGUUCUGAAGCCUGCCACAGCCCGUGACUUUUGACUUAGUGACUUAGGACAUGUCUGUGACUUAGGACACCUGCUAUUUUAUGUAAAGAAUUGUAUUAUAAAUAGCGUAGCACUAGUUUUCUAUUGAUGUUGAUGUUCUCCAUACCAGCGACUACGUCCUGCAACCAGGGACUGUAGGAAGCUGCGACCACACAUGUCUUGCAUACAAUUUCGUUGUCUUUGUGUCGGCAUAAAGUAACAUUAGAUCUCUAGCUUAUACAUUCUAUACUGUGUUUCCCUAAGACUAAUUCAUCUUUUUAAUGUAAUUACCCCAUCAUUUGACAUAAUUCGAAGUCGCCGUCCCCGUGUUAGGCUUCGUCUCUCUAAUUCCGUCGUAAGUCAUUCAAUGCAUCUUUUUUUAGGAGGUAGUGAGUCUGUGCUUCUGUAUCCGAGAAUUCAGGUCCGGGUGUGUGCUGCUGCGAGAGAUGUCAGGUCCCUUCAUGAAAGCUCGCCGUCGCUCGUUCAUUAAAAGCUGAUCUGUC